AUGGCCGAGACCGCGGAGCAGGAGGGUGGUGCCCCGGGUGCCCAGGGGCCGCCCGAGGGCCCAACGCUUCAGGCCGAGACACCUGGCGAGCCCGGGGCCGCAGGCGCAGAAGUGCAGCGGCCGGAGGCGAGCGAGGGGGCGGGCGCAGCUGCGGCGGCUGCGGCGAAGGAGGAAGGGGACGGCAGGGAGCUGGCGCCUGGGGCGGGCAGUGGCUUCGAGGCCGAGGCGCAGGGCGCUGGGGGAGCUCAGGGCGAGGCGGAGGCCGGGAUGGGAGCCCUGGAGGGAGCCGAGGUCCCGCAGGGCGGAGAGCAGGCUAGCAGCGCUGAGCAGGUGGAGGAGGCCAGUGUCGGGUGUUGUGCGCAGGGCGAGCCCCCGGGGGCAUCUCAGGGGGUGCCUCGGGACCCUGAGGUCCCCAGGGCGCAGGAGGAGACGGAGUGCAGGCAAGAGGCGCGGGAAGGCAGCGCGCCUGGGCCGUCGGGGGACAGCAUGGACGCCGGGGGACCGAUGGCAGGGGAGCCCCACGUCGGGGGUGAGCCCCAGCACGGAGGGGACCUCAGCCCCCCGCCCCAGGCCGAGGCGAUCGAGACCGCAGCCUCGGAGAGAGCGGGUCCCAGCCCCGGGGAGCUUGCGGUGGGUACAGCGGCCGAGGAAGUUGGGCUCUCGGGGACAGAGGGGUGUGAAGAAGCGGUCUCUGGGGACUCGAGAGCAGAAGCUGGCGAGGGCCGGGACGGGGAUGGGCCUCGGGAGGAGACGGAGAACCAAGAAGAGAGGCGAGAGCGGAGCCCGGAGGGGCUGAGCGAGGAAGCCGCAGCCGCGGGUGAGGGGAAGGCUCCGCACGGCAGCCCCGAGGGAGAGACGGCGGCGGAGCCGCAGGCCGAGCUCAGCAACCACCUGGCUGAGGAGCGCAGCCGGGAGGGAGGCGAAGAGUCUGCGCGAGUCAACGGCGGACGGGAGGAUGGAGAGGAGUCCGAGGAGGGGACCCCGGGGCAGGAGCACGACAUCACCCUCUUUGUCAAGGCUGGUUCUGAUGGUGAAAGUAUCGGAAAUUGCCCAUUUUCUCAGCGUCUCUUUAUGAUUCUCUGGCUCAAAGGUGUUAUAUUUAAUGUAACAACGGUGGACCUGAAAAGGAAACCUGCGGACCUGCAGAACCUGGCUCCUGGAACCAACCCUCCUUUUAUGACUUUUGAUGGUGAAGUCAAGACGGAUGUGAACAAGAUCGAGGAGUUCUUAGAGGAGAAAUUAGCUCCCCCGAGGUAUCCUAAGCUUGGGACCCAACACCCUGAAUCUAACUCAGCAGGAAAUGAUGUAUUUGCCAAAUUCUCAGCAUUUAUAAAAAACACCAAGAAGGAUGCAAAUGAGAUUUAUGAAAAGAACCUGUUAAGGUCUCUGAAGAAGCUGGAUGACUACCUAAACAGCCCUCUGCCUGAUGAGGUAGAUGCCUACAGCACUGAGGACAUCACAGUUUCUGGAAGGAAGUUUCUGGAUGGAGAUGAGCUCACGCUGGCUGACUGUAACCUCUUACCCAAACUUCACAUCAUUAAGAUUGUGGCCAAGAAAUACAGAGAUUUCGAAUUUCCCUCUGAAAUGACUGGCAUCUGGAGAUACUUGACCAAUGCGUAUGCCAGAGAUGAGUUCACAAACACAUGUCCAGCUGACCAGGAGAUCGAGCACGCGUAUUUAGAUGUUGCGAGGAGAAUGAAGUGA